CAGCUUUGGAUUUCUGUAAAACAAUCAAAAUCCUAUUACGGAGAUACAAGAAAGCAAUAAGACAUGGCUUCUGAACAGUCACAAAAGGUUUCCGCCUUGAUUAAUAGAUUAUCUGCGAUUGAGAAAUCCUCAUCCGGUUCACUUUUCGAGAAUGACAAACUCCGUGCCGAUGCCGCUCAUAUUGUGAGGAAGCUUUCUGUAGAGUUGGAGAAGCCGCAGGAUGCAAUUUUGUUGAACAAUGCUCUUGUAAAAGCCCGCCCACCAUUAUCAUAUUCAAUUCCCGGGUAUCUUCAUAACUAAUAGAGCUAAUAUUGCAUGUUUGCAUCUAGCCAGCCCAAACCGCCGCGGUGAGGGUCGGAAUUGAUCUGCAACUAUUCCAUCAUCUUAGCGA